GCCGACGGAGUUUGAGAGAAGGAGAGAGAGAGAGAGAUAGGGACAAGAGUGGCCCAUCAAUACUGUGACCAAGCACAGGAGCUCAACACACACCCCUAACUCUAAUCGCAAGCAUCUCGAUUCCGGGAAGUCCUGCAACACCUCGAACCCUCGGCCACUUUCCCACCUUCUCAGAUCAAAACACGGGCACUAAGGGCCUUCUGUCCGGUUUUAAAGUGGACCUAACACCGCCUUACUUUAUUGACAUGGGAGACAUGGGGGAUCCACCAAAAAAAAAGCGUCUAAUCUCGUUGUGUGUCGGCUGUGGGAAUCAAAUCCAUGACCAGUAUAUUCUGCGCGUGUCUCCGGACCUGGAGUGGCACGCGGCGUGUUUGAAAUGUGCAGAAUGUAACCAGUAUCUGGACGAGUCCUGUACGUGUUUUGUGCGAGACGGAAAAACUUACUGUAAACGGGACUACAUCAGGUUAUACGGGAUCAAAUGUGCUAAAUGCAACAUCGGUUUCAGCAAGAAUGACUUUGUGAUGAGAGCACGCUCGAAGGUUUAUCACAUUGAGUGCUUCAGAUGUGUGGCGUGUAGUCGGCAGCUCAUCCCAGGAGAUGAGUUCGCUCUGCGGGAAGACGGGCUCUUCUGCAGGGCCGACCAUGACGUGGUGGAGCGGGCAACAAUGGGUGCUGGUGACCCAUUAAGCCCAUUACAUCCGGCGAGACCUUUACAAAUGGCAGCAGAGCCCAUUUCGGCACGCCAGCCUGCGCUUCGACCUCAUGUGCACAAGCAACCUGAGAAAACAACCCGCGUCCGGACAGUCCUCAACGAAAAACAGCUCCAUACCUUGAGGACUUGUUACAAUGCCAACCCUCGACCCGACGCCCUCAUGAAAGAGCAGCUCGUUGAGAUGACGGGUCUCAGCCCGAGAGUCAUCAGGGUUUGGUUUCAAAACAAGCGCUGCAAGGACAAAAAGAGGAGCAUACUUAUGAAACAACUCCAGCAGCAGCAACCCAACGACAAAACGAACAUCCAGGGGAUGACAGGGACUCCAAUGGUGGCGACCAGUCCAGAGAGACACGACGGUGGUUUGCAGGCAAACCAAGUGGAGGUGCAGAGUUACCAGCCGCCUUGGAAAGUCCUGAGUGACUUCGCACUGCAGAGUGACAUCGACCAGCCUGCUUUCCAGCAACUGGUGAAUUUUUCUGAAGGAGGACCAGGCUCGAACUCCACGGGGAGCGAGGUCGCCUCAAUGUCCUCGCAACUGCCAGACACACCAAACAGCAUGGUAGCGAGUCCUAUAGAGGCCUAAACGAGUGGAUUAUCAUCUGCACCUGAAGUUUGGAAAAGGACGUGUCCGGGAACCAAUCUCAGAGAGAGGCUCGUGAAGUUUCUUCCAUCCCUAUUUCAUUUAGGGCCGCUCCUGAAUAAAAACCCAUCCUCCAACUGCACGAGGCCUCUAUAUCGAAACAACCCUUGGUUGUAUUUAUACACUGUGAUGACAAUCAUGGGAUUUAAAAACACUCCAACCGAGCAGGUCCAACGAGUGUUGCGAAAAGACCAUUUAAAGUUGCAAACUCCUGCGAAAGUGGACCCAGCCGGCGCACAUAUUCACACACCGAACCUGACAUGAUGAUUGCAGUGCUCCGCGACCGAGUGGACCUGGUCGGCGACACUUUUGCCAAAUAACCCUCCACGUUUUUUUCCACUUUUCUGACAAAUCAUUGGACCUCUACGGAUAUAAGUCGCAAGAGAACUUAAUCUAAUAUACAUUCAUAUAGCCUACUUUUGUGCGCAACGUGAGUAGCCUAUAUUGAAACCAUGACUGUUUAUUCUGUUUCUAUAAAAGAUCGAAAUGGACUAGUUAUCUGAAAGAGGGUAUGGCAGCCGAGGUCUACUGCGAUUACAGUUUUGUUAUAUCAUAUGGUCUCUUUUCAAACAUCAAGCCCAAGUACUAAAGCAUUGCAACAAGGUAUACCUCUAUUUUGCCACAAGCUGUGUGGGAAUUUCAUGUGUUCGUGUCCGUCCAAGAACUUUUUUCUUUCCCAAAGAUGUGUAUAGGUUUAAGUUAAGUUAAUAUGACUGAUUAGCUCUGGAGGUUUCGUUUUGUUCAUGUAUUACAAAAUAUUUUAUUAUUUAUUGUCGAAAGACAUGCCACUUUUGUGUACUUUUACUUGCUGAAGAAGUAAAAAGGAGGAAAAGAAUAUUGUCGACUCCGAAUGAUCUAUCAUAAUUGACGUGUCCUGUCGUUUGAUCAAAGACUGAUGUAAGAACAACGCCAUAUGUAGACUUAUCUU